AUGGUCUCGAAACCGGAUUCUUCCUUAGCUUCAUCCACAAACUCAACACCAACACCCUCAAAUUACAACAAGCGCUCAAGCAGGGAACAAGCUAGCAUCGCAACAACAACCACCACCACAACCAUUGAACGAACACCACGAUCCACCUGCUACCGACAACACACAUCACAAAACAUGUCUUCACCACAGGGCUCACCGCAGGGCCCGGUCGGCCAGUCCUACAUGCUUGUUCCCAAUCUGCACGUCCCGGACCCGACGGUGGACGAGAUAGAGCUUGACAACACCAACGCAUGGAUGGUAGCCACCGUUAUCGAAGACGAUGAUCUCAUGUUUGGCGGCAAGCCCUUGAGCGCAUGGUACGAGGAGGAUCGCAGACGACUGAGCUCUAGUAACGAGGAUGAAGAGGAGAUUCGAGGCCGACAGCGCGACCCCGUCGUAAGGUUCGAUGCCCACCAUCAACAUCGACACCAACACACCCAUCAUCAACCGCAACUGCAGCACCAUCACCAUUAUCAACAUCAUACCAAGACGGGCGAGAUCAAGCACUAA